ACACCUCCUGAUUUGGCAGAAAAGCUAGUUAAGUCCUCAGUAAAUCGUGUAGGAGUGAGGGAGCUGGGGUGGAAAGGAAGCUGGGUGGGGGGAAAGCUUAGCUGCCAGGUCUCCUUCUGGCUGUCUCUAUCUUAAUCCAUCAUACCCCUAACCUGCAUCUGAAAUUGGGACAGAGCUGGAGGUCAGGGGUGACGAAGAGGAUGGCGGGAUAGUUUGUGACACUGGGGAGGUACAGUUCAAUUCCUAUGAACUACCGAUUAAUGACAUAACUGAACUCCAGAGUCCAUGACAAAAGGUCAGUGUGACAGCAAGAAGUGAAUGAUGAAAAGUCAGGAUAUCUGAAUCCCAAGUCCACGUGAUAGGGAGCCUCCAGCAGGACGGUUUUUUUUUUUUUUUUGAGACAGAGUCUCGUGCUGUCGCCCAGGCUGGAGUGCAGUGGUGCAAUCUGGACUCACUGCAAACUCCAUCUCCCAGGUUUAAGUGAGCCUCCUGCCUCAGCCUCUCGAGUAGCUGGGAUUACAGGUGCGCACCACCACAUCUGGCUAAUUUUUGUGUUUUUAGUAGAGACGGGGUUUGACCAUGUUGGCCAGGCUGGUCUCGAACUCCUGACCUCAAGAGAUCCACCUGCUUCAGCCUCCCCAAGAGCUGCUAUUCCAGGUGUGAGCCACUGUGCCUCGCCUCUCUAGGAUCAUUUUAUUUCUCCCAUUUUUCUACUCCUACUCUCUAAUCCCAUCUCUUAGGAUAUUCAGGUUUUCUAUGUAUCUCUCUCCUCAUUCAGCUUUCUUGUCCUCAAAAUAUAGGUAAGUAAAAGAGCUACCAUUCCGCAUUCAUCAGGAUAGAGAAGGGGAACCGGAGCAUGAUACUCAACAGGAUUCCUACCUCACCCAUCCUUGUACAACCGGGGUCUUAAUCUGGGUGGAGGGAAGUCCAUUUCUACCUCCACCCAGAUGUAUGGUUUGGUUAGGGGACAGGGUCAAAGGGAUGGGGGCGGUGUUGAAGGGUGCCUGGAGUUGGAGGACAGGACUAAUGUCUUCGGUAACCCCCCAGGCCCACAUGGUCAGGACCAUUGGCCAGCCUCUUACCCUGAGUGUGGAAACAAUGCCCAGUCGCCCAUCGAUAUCCAGACCGACAGGGUGACAUUUGACCCUGAGUUGCCUGCCCUGCAGCCCCACGGAUAUGACCAGCCUGGCACCGAGCCUUUGGACCUGCACAACAAUGGCCACACAGUGCAACUCUCUCUGCCCUCUACCCUGUAUCUGGGUGGACUUCCUCGAAAAUAUGUAGCUGCCCAACUCCACCUGCACUGGGGUCAGAAAGGAUCCCCAGGGGGGUCAGAACACCAGAUCAAUGGUGAAGCCACAGUUGCGGAGCUCCACGUUGUACAUUAUGACUCUGAGUCCUAUGACAGCUUGAGUGAGGCUGCUCUGAGGCCUCAGGGCCUGGCUGUCUUGGGCAUCCUAAUCGAGGUGGGUGAGACUAAGAAUAUAGCUUACGAACACAUUCUGAGUCACUUGCAUGAAAUCAGGCAUAAAGAUCAGAAGACCUCAGUGCCUCCCUUCAACCUGAGAGAGCUGCUCCCCCCACAGCUGGGGCAGUAUUUCCGCUACAAUGGCUCGCUCACAACUCCCCCUUGCUACCAGAGUGUACUCUGGACAGUCUUCUACAGAAGGUCCCAGAUUUCAACGGAACAGCUGGAAAAGCUUCAGGAGACAUUGUUCUCCACAGAAGAGGAGCCCUCUGAGCCUCUGGUACAGAACUACCGAGCCCCUCAGCCUCUCAAUCAGCGAAUGGUCUUUGCUUCUUUCAUCCAAGAGGGACCCUUGUAUACAACAGGUGAAAUGCUGAGUCUAGGUGUAGGAAUCUUGGUUGGCUGUCUCUGCCUUCUGCUGGCUGCUUAUUUCAUUGCUAGAAAGAUUCGGAAGAAGAGGCUGGAAAAUCGAAAGAGUGUGGUCUUCACCUCAGCGCGAGCCACCACUGAGGCAUAAAUUCCCUCUCCGAUACCGUGGAUGUGGAUGACUUCCCCUGUGACUGUCAGGAAGCCUCUAAAAUGGGGUAUAGGGUCUGGACAGAAAUACUGUAGUAGUAGGCAGACGUCCUCCUUCCCCGGACACCCCCUACAGAGAGGAAUGGACCCAGCCUGUCACUCGAGGAAAAACUGCAGAGCCUUCAGUCUCUCCAAACAUCUGGAGGAAAUGAGGAGACCUGGGCUGUUCGUGCAGAGAACAGACUGUUUAGCUGCAGGGGAAGUUUGGGGUGUACCCCAAAGUCCUCUACCCCUCACCUUUAAGGCCCUUUCCCUAGACACACUGCAGAAUCUCUCCUUAGGAUAAAGAGUUGCUGGUGAAGUUGUAUAUUUUUGAUCCAUAUAUUUGGAAAUUAAAGUUUCUGACUUUAA